AACAAAACUGACUAAAUUUUUUCUUUGCUAUGUUUAAAAAUAUAUGUCGUUGCAGCAAUAAUUUAAUACGUAAAUCAAGCACAGCAGCAAAUCCUCCAAAGCACAUCCCAUUGACAAUAAAUACAAAAAAUUCGAGUUGUUUAAAAACAACAACAACACAAAAAGAAAAAGGUUUAUCGUUACAAGCAACAAAUCAUUCAUAUUUUACUAGAACAAGUUUGAUACGCAGUAUGUCUACUGAAGCAGUCUCAGCAGCACCCAAACAUACAAAUCGGUUGGCUAAAGAGAAAUCUCCGUAUCUUUUACAACAUGCCCAUAACCCAGUAGAUUGGUAUCCUUGGGGUGAAGAGGCUAUAGAACGUGCACGUGCAGAGAAAAAGUUGAUAUUUUUGUCUGUUGGUUAUUCAACUUGCCACUGGUGUCAUGUUAUGGAGCGUGAAUCUUUUGAAAACGAAGAUGUUGCUAAAAUUCUCAAUUCUAAUUUUAUAAGCAUUAAAGUGGAUCGUGAAGAACGUCCUGAUAUUGACAAAAUUUAUAUGCAAUUUGUUUUAAUGAUUAAUGGACAUGGUGGUUGGCCUAUGUCUGUGUGGUUAACACCAGACCUAGCUCCAUUAGCUGCAGGCACUUAUUUUCCUCCAGUUAAUCAUCGAGGUGUACCUUCCUUUUCAAAUGUACUGAAAACAAUACUUUCAAGAUGGGAAUCAAACGAGCAGCAACUUAACUCAACUGGCAAAGAAAUUAUAGCAACACUUAGAAAGCAACUGACAGAAAAACAAAGCGAACAAGUUUUUGAGCCCAAUAGCGCAGAUCACGUUCUAAAAGAAGCAUUGAAUAUAUUCAAACAACGCUAUGAUCGACAUUAUGGCGGUUUUGGUUCUCGUCCCAAAUUUCCAGAAGUAUCACGACUUAACUUUCUCUUUCACGCUUAUAUUGUAACAAAGGACACUGAUGUCCUGGAUAUGGUAUUACAAACUCUCUACCAUAUCGGUGAUGGCGGCAUACAUGAUCAUGUUUUUGGUGGAUUUGCACGAUAUUCCGUAGAUAGUGAGUGGCAUGUGCCACACUUUGAGAAAAUGUUGUACGAUCAAGGGCAAUUGAUGGCGUCUUAUGCAAACGCAUAUAAGUUAACCCGUGAUGAAUAUUUUUUACGACGCGCUGAUGAUACAUUUCGUUAUCUUAUAAAAGAUCUAAGACAUCCACUAGGUGGGUUUUUUGCUGGAGAAGAUGCUGAUUCUUUGCCAACUUUCAACGAUGCAGUAAAAGUAGAAGGCGCAUUUUAUGCUUGGACAUUUGAUGAAGUGAAGGAAGCAGUUAUGGCUAAUGAAAAAUUAUAUGGGAAUUUUGAUGCAAACCGCGCAUUUGAAAUAUAUUCCUUUCAUUAUUCUAUGCUUCCCGCUGGUAAUGUACAACCAUCAAGUGAUCCUCAAGGACACUUAAAAGGCAAAAAUAUACUUAUUGUAAAAGAUUCUGAAAAGGAUACUUGCAAGAAGUUUGAAAUAACUGUCGAACAAUUGCAACUCAUUUUGAAUACAACAAAUGAUAUCUUACAUGAAAUACGUGAUAAAAGACCUCGGCCACAUCUUGAUACUAAAAUCAUAACCGCUUGGAAUGGCUUGGUUUUAUCUGGCUUAGCUAAAUUGUCAAAUUGUGGUAGUUCAAAACGUGAAGAAUAUAUGAAUGCAGCUAAAAAACUUGUCGAUUUUAUAAAAACGAAUCUUUUUGAUGCUAAGCACAAGAAACUAUUCCGCUCCUGUUACGGAAUAGAUGUCAAUAAUGAAAAGCUCAAUAUAGAAGAAAUGGAGAAUAUUUAUGGCUUCCUAGACGAUUAUGCUUUUCUAAUUAAAGGACUUCUAGAUUAUUAUAAAUCCUCUUUGGACAUAAACGCUUUACAAUGGGCAAUAGAGCUACAAGAUAUACAGGAUACUUUAUUUUGGGAUGAUAACCAUGGUGGCUAUUUCUAUUCAGAAGCUGAAUCACCCAACGUAGUCGUAAGACUUAAAGAAGAUCACGAUGGCGCAGAACCAUGUGGAAAUAGUGUUUCCGCACGCAAUCUUAUUUUACUCUCACACUACUUCGAUAAAGACACCUAUCAAAAACGUGCUGCAAAAUUAUUUGAUUUCUUUGCAGAUGUUAAGCCAUUUGGCUAUACACUUCCAGAAAUGACAUCAGCUUUGUUCUUACAUGAAUUUGGUUUGGAUUUGGUUGCUGUUGUUGGACCAGAUUCAGAAACUACUAAGCGUUUUGUAGAAAUUUGCCGUAAAUUUUAUAUACCAGGUAUGAUAAUACUACAUGUCGAUCCGCAGCAUCCAGAUGAUUCCUACAAUGAACGUGUCCAAAACAAAUUCAAAAUGAUCAAUGGUAAGCCAACAGUGUACAUAUGUCACGACAGGGUUUGCCGCAUGCCAGUUACAGAUCCAGCAGUGCUUGAAGAAAAUCUCAAAGAGAAUUUUUUUAGAGUAGAACUCUAAAUAAUUUAAUUUUUAAAAAUUUUCAAAAAAAAAAUAUAUUUAACAAAUAAUUAAAGACAAAUUAAUUUGCUUUAAAAACUAUAAGUUAGCAAUAUUACAAUGACAUUAUUAUUAUUAAAUUACCGCAAUAUAUUUAGACUCGUUUAAUACAAUUAUAAUCGUAGUACUAGUCUCGAAAGCUGUUGAAUAUUUUUUAAUGCAACAAAAAUGUUAUUUAUAAUGUUUAAAUAUAAUUAACUUAAAAUAAUUAUAUAUAAUCAAAGGAUUGUAUGGUUGGAAACUGGGUGAGAUUUGCGAAGCGAAUCAAAGUUAUGUGAAUGUUUUUAUUUUGAUAUUGUUUUAUAUUUUAAAAAUUAUUGAUAUCGACAUCAAUUAUUUACAUGGUAGAAGAUAAAUCCAUGAUAUUGUUUUACAUUAUAUUAUUGAAAGCAUAUAUGCAAUUUUUAUAUGCAGAUAUAUGAUUCUCUUCAUAAC